CAGUGUUAGAUCAUAAUGUGUUGAAAGUGCAUGCGCGCAACACUACCUCGCUAAACAAUGAAAACGCACCGGCAAUUUUCGAAAAUUUCAAAUUGAGAUCGGGGAACGCUUAAGCUAUUGAGACCGCGCCAGAUAUCGCCGAAUUACUAGCUGUGCCGUGAAUUGUGUUCGAUUUUCGAAAAUGUGACAAUCAACCUAUUUUUGAACCGGUUACUUUUUAAAGUGCAGAAUUAGAACUGACGUGGCCGUUUCGGGUUAAUUAAAAAAAAUUCGCGAUCGCCGGCGCGUGAAAUUGGAAAAAUGUAAUAAGCGAGUUACGCAACGAAGAAAUAAAAAUUGUGGGCGUAAAUUGACGAUAACGAUUUUGGCGCGCAUUCUUUACCGCGUUUUUUCGUGUUCGUAGAAAAUGUUUAUGGACAAAGUUUACUGUGACUAAAGGUGGAAGUUAAACAAUAAAGAUUCCCGUAGCGGCGCGCACCAUCGCAUGCGUUUCUCGUGACGAUUCGCCCGAAACUGGAAUUAAUGUUGAAGUACUUCAACGAGAACAUAUCCCUCGCGCUCCAGGAGAGGUACAGGGACCUCCAUGAGUAUCGGAAGGCGGAGGUAGAGGACUCACCGCGGGAGGCGAAGGUACCGAAAAUAGCCGAGGAGGGCGAGACGGGCGGCGGCGAGGGCGCGUUCGAGCCGGGCGCCGCGCCGCCGUUCCCCAGGCUCCUGGAGCAGCCCAAGGAGGAGGACAGCUUUGUGGCCAGCUGGCUGCACAACUCGUUCAAGAUGACGGCGGCGGAGGGUGCCGGCGGCGAGGCGGGCGCCGGCAGCGCGCUGGACCUCCGCGCCGCGCCGCUGUCCCUGCAGAUCCCGGCGCUGCAGGACCCCCAGCGCUUCAAGAUGGCGGACUUCUGGAGCCGCAGCCGGCCCGAGUCGCCGGCGCCGGAACCCGACCCGCCGGCGCCGCCCACGCCACAGCCGCCGCCCACGCCCGACCACAAGAUGCUCACCGACAAGCUGGUCAGCGAGAUCCAGCAGCAACAGCAAUCACCAUCAGCAGACUCUACCAUGAGCGAGAGAUCCCUCGUACCUUUUGCUCUGCCCCAGCAGCAGUCCCCGUCCGGCGAGGGCGGCCCGGACCGCAACGCCAUGUUGCCCUUCGCACUGGUAAAUUUCCUGAAUAGCCUCAAUAUUGAUCAGCAAGCGAGAUCUGGGCAAAGCAUCAGCGAGAGAACUCUAGAAGAAUGCUGGUCCACACUACAGCGAAUCUUCAUGCACAAGAACGCAAUGCAGAUGCACGCGAGAGACCUGCAGCGGGGGCUCGGGGGCGAAGUCAAGCCGCACCAGUGCCAGCAGUGCUUGAAGUCGUUCAGCUCGAACCACCAGCUCGUCCAGCAUAUCCGAGUGCAUACGGGCGAGAAGCCUUAUAAGUGCUCGUACUGCGACCGCCGGUUCAAGCAGCUUAGCCACGUACAGCAGCAUACGAGACUACAUACUGGCGAGCGCCCCUACAAAUGCCAUUUGCCGGACUGCGGGCGCGCCUUCAUCCAGCUGUCCAACCUGCAGCAGCACCUGCGGAACCACGACGCGCAGGUCGAGAGGGCGAAGAACAGGCCCUUCCACUGUAACAUCUGUGGCAAGGGUUUCGCUACAGAGAGUAGCCUGCGAACGCACACGGCAAAGGAGCUUCAGCUGCACCUUGGUGUUUUGCAGCAACACGCGGCGCUCAUGAUAGGUGGCGCCACCGCCACGCCAUGCCCGAUUUGCCACAAAGUGGUAUUCGGGGGCGAAGCCCUUGUGGAACACAUGAAGAACACCCACAAGGACCCGAACGCGUCGGGUGUUGCGAGUCCUCCCGCCACAUCACCGUAUCCGGCGCAAGCUAAACCUAUUGAUCCUUAUAUAGCGAAGCGGCGGACGGCAAACCACCCGUGUCCCGUGUGUGGCAAGCAUUACGUCAACGAAGGGUCAUUGAGGAAGCACCUGGCAUGCCACCCCGAGACCCAACUGACCGGCGGACUGAGGAUGUGGCCCUGUUCCGUUUGCCAGGCCGUCUUUACACAUGAAAGCGGACUAUUGUCGCACAUGGAGCACAUGAGGAUGGAACCGAAGCACCAGUUCGCGGCUCAGUACGUGCUGUCCCGAGCCGCCGCCGAGAGACGCGAGCGAGACAUCCUCGCCGCGGUGUCCGCCGGGGGCUCCGGCCUGCUCAACCUGGCCCCGCCCUCGCCCGCCCACUCCGACUCCUCCUCCAACGGCCGCCUAUCGUCGUCGGCCGGAUCCGAAGCCGGUGCAGCAGUCAACAAACUCUCAGACCUUCUGAGAUCCGCCAACAACGGACACCAGGCGUACGGCGACGAGAGGGUCGCCGCCAUCGCCGCCGCCGCCGCGAACAUGAUGGCCCAGCCCGGCGAGGGCGCCAACGCCGUGCAGGUCGCCGCCGCCAACCUGGUGUCGGCCAUGCGCCAGCAGCUCGCCCGGGAGCCCCCGCCGCAGCCACCCCCGGAGACCCCGCCGGCACCGACGGAGGCCGCCCUGCGCAUCCAGCAGGCGGAGGCGCUGCUCCGGAGCCAGGCCGAGGCGCUGCGGCUGGCCGUGUCGCAGGCGGCCGCCGCCCACAACACCGAGGCGCCGAGCCCGCUCCGACACAACGGCGGGUUCCCGCCCGCCAACGAGGCCGGCGGCCAGCUGUCGCCGGAGAUCGUCGAGGCGUUCCGGAUCGCCCAGGAACAGAGACUCGAGCAGGCGCUGCGGAUGCACGACCCGAGGAUGCUGGGCUUCAACCUGCCGUCACCGGUGCAGCAGGCGGCGCAGCAGGCCGUAGCCGCCCAGGCGGCCCAGGCCGCUCAGGCCGCGCAAGCAGCCCAAGCCGCACAAGCCGCUCAAGCGGCGCAGGCUGCGCAAGCCGCUCAGGCCGUACAAGCCGCUCAGGCGGCUCAGGCCGCCCAGGCCGCACAAGCAGCUCAGGCUGCUCAGGCUGCCCAAGCCGCUCAGGCUGCCCAGCAGGCCGCCCAGCAGGCUCAACAACAGCAUAUGCAGCAAGCCGCGCAGGCGGCCCAGGCAGCACAGGCGGCUCAGGCCGCCCAGGCCGCGCAGCAGGCCGCCCAGCAGGCCGCUCAGCAAGCUGUUCAUCUCCAACAAAAUCCGCAACCAUGAAAAUUCAGCUAUUACUAAUCCGACGCGAUUUCAACAAAAUGAAUCUGUUUACGAAAAAAGUACCUAUUUGUUAUAAGAAUUUUCAAAAAAAUAUUACGUGUAAUCGAAAAAAAAUAAUUUUGUAUGGAGCGUGAAAUCGCCUCUGAUUGGUAAUUGAUUUUGUUUACUAGACGUAACGUUAUAAUGUUUAUUUGAACGAAAUUGUGUCAACUGAAGCGCAACGGGAGAUAUUUAAUAUUAGAUAGAUCUAACUGUUGUACAUACGGAAGGUUUAGAGAAAAAACUUUGUGUAAAUAUAUAAAAGUACCUAAAACUAGUUGAAUGAACAAAAUGGAACAGAAACUCGCCCGAACAAAUAAUAACGCGUAGAGUAAUCGUUCAAGCCCGUGCAAUUGAAUAUUUGUUUGGUUGAUUUCGUAUCGUUUUACGAAUAUUUAUUUUUAUUAGCUUUACUACAGAACAAUGUAUUUCUUAGCUUAGUACAAACUUUUGGAUGUGCCAAACUAUUUUACGCACGUUUUAUCGCAUUUAGCGAAUCUGCAAUAACUAGUUGCAUUAAGUUUCAAAUAUUUUUAUUGUAUAGAUACAAAUGUUUAUUAUUUGUUUUUUUAUUUUAUCUUUAUCUUUUUCACGCAAUAACACAUCUCAUGCUAGUCAAGUUUCCGAGCGCGCGCGUUCGAUUUUCGAAUAGCUGUCAAAAUUACUUUCUUUUUAUAUUUUUAAUUUUUAUUCUUAGCUUACGAUUUAUUUUAAUGCCAUACUAGCGGUAAUAUUGUAAAUACGCACCUAGGCGACGUCGAUGCUUAAAAUAACGAUUUAUUUUUAUUAUUACGGUUAUUAUUUUUAA